GCUGCCACCUCGCGCUCGGAGGCGUCACGGAACGUGCUCCCCCUCCCCCCUUCCCUCACGGCCUCCCCCCCCCCCCUCCCGCGCCGAGACUCGCCGCCGCCGCCGCCGCAGCCGCAGGAGUAGCCGCCGCCGGAGCCGCGCGCAGCCAUGGCCGAGAACCCUAGCUUGGAGAACCACCGCAUCAAGAGCUUCAAGAACAAGGGCCGCGAUGUGGAAACAAUGCGAAGACAUAGAAAUGAAGUGACAGUUGAACUGCGGAAGAACAAAAGAGAUGAACACUUACUGAAAAAGAGAAAUGUUCCCCAAGAAGAAAGUUUAGAAGAUUCAGAUGUUGAUGCUGAUUUUAAAGCACAAAAUGUGACAUUAGAAGCUAUAUUACAGAAUGCCACAAGUGAUAACCCUGUGGUCCAGUUAAGUGCUGUUCAGGCAGCAAGAAAACUGUUAUCCAGUGACAGAAACCCACCAAUUGAUGACCUAAUAAAAUCUGGGAUUUUACCAAUUCUAGUCAAAUGUCUAGAAAGGGAUGAUAAUCCUUCAUUGCAGUUUGAAGCUGCUUGGGCACUAACUAAUAUAGCAUCAGGAACUUCUGCACAGACUCAAGCUGUUGUACAGUCUAAUGCAGUACCUCUUUUUCUGAGACUUCUUCAUUCACCACAUCAAAAUGUUUGUGAACAAGCAGUAUGGGCUUUGGGAAAUAUUAUAGGUGAUGGUCCUCAAUGUAGAGAUUAUGUCAUAUCACUGGGAGUUGUCAAACCUCUUCUGUCCUUCAUCAAUCCCUCCAUUCCCAUCACCUUCCUUCGGAACGUCACAUGGGUCAUUGUCAAUCUCUGCAGGAAUAAGGAUCCCCCACCGCCUAUGGAGACAGUUCAGGAGAUCUUGCCGGCUUUAUGUGUCCUCAUAUACCAUACAGAUAUAAAUAUCCUUGUAGACACUGUUUGGGCUCUAUCAUACUUGACAGAUGGAGGUAAUGAGCAGAUCCAGAUGGUUAUUGAUUCAGGUGUUGUGCCAUUCCUUGUGCCCCUUCUGAGCCAUCAGGAAGUGAAAGUCCAAACUGCAGCACUCAGAGCAGUUGGCAAUAUAGUGACUGGCACUGAUGAACAGACCCAGGUUGUUCUCAAUUGUGAUGUCCUGUCACACUUCCCAAAUCUCUUAUCACACCCGAAAGAGAAAAUAAAUAAGGAAGCAGUAUGGUUCCUGUCCAACAUAACAGCAGGCAACCAGCAACAAGUUCAAGCUGUAAUAGAUGCUGGAUUAAUCCCUAUGAUUAUUCAUCAACUUGCUAAGGGAGACUUUGGAACCCAGAAAGAAGCUGCUUGGGCAAUUAGCAACUUAACGAUAAGUGGCAGAAAAGAUCAAGUUGAGUACCUUGUACAACAGAAUGUAAUACCACCAUUCUGUAAUUUACUAUCAGUAAAAGAUUCUCAAGUGGUUCAGGUGGUUCUAGAUGGUCUGAAAAACAUUCUGAUAAUGGCUGGAGAUGAAGCAAGCACAAUAGCUGAAAUAAUAGAAGAAUGUGGAGGUUUGGAGAAAAUUGAAGUUUUGCAACAACAUGAAAAUGAAGACAUAUAUAAAUUAGCGUUUGAAAUCAUAGAUCAAUAUUUCUCUGGUGAUGAUAUUGAUGAAGAUCCUAGCCUCAUUCCUGAAGCAACACAAGGAGGUACUUACAAUUUUGACCCAACAGCCAACCUACAAACAAAAGAAUUUAAUUUUUAAGGUCAACUGAGUGCAGCAUCUUUCUCACAUUCAAUAUGAAGCACCACCAGAUGGCUACCAAAUGACAAAAACAACAGCAACAAAAGGCUCCAAACACACAUGCCUCUUCGUUUCAAUGCUUCUAAAGCAAGCCAUGUCUCAGUCACUUUGCAGUUGCCAAAAGUCACUCUCACAUGGACUGUAAAUGCAUAUGCAUGAUUUCCUGAACUGUUUUAGAAUCCUCCUUAACAAUCUCAACUAUCCUAUUUUCCCCGUUCCCUGGUGCCACCUGCCGACAACUGCAGUCUCCAGUUUAGAAUAUUCCAUAGUGGUGGCAUGUCAGCUGCCCACUGAUAUUCCUUUGGAAAAUGGUGCACUGUGGAUCAAGACACUUUGGUAUGAUGCAUAUUCACGUUGGAAGACUAAAGAGGUGCAGUGUGAUCUGAGCCUCCAUCAUUGUCCUCCACAAACAUAUUUUCAUAUUCUUUAUGUGGAAGAAUAGAUUUUAAAUUACAAGCCAAAUGCUUUUCAUUGGUGGAACUGACACACAAAAAAGUAACUUAAAAAACAAGAAACUUGGUUAUUGAUUAAACAGAUAAGUUU